UAUACAUCUUGGAAAAUGAUUGAAUAUCAAGAGUCGGAAAGAAAGACGACAGCAGAUCAUAGGAUUUCCUUUUCGAUCAUUGACAUACUGGAUCCUAAAAAGUUUACAAGUAGAAAUACAAACGAAGUGCUAGCGAAAACACGGACAUUACCUUUAGAAAACACAGAAUGUGGAAGUUUGGAUACGCAGCGCGAGAGCAAAGAAACUCCUGGACACGGAGAAUCUCUUUCCCUCUACAAAAACACAGGUGAUCAUUCAGCUGAAAAGCAUCAAAGAUGUGUCAGACUACAUCCUCCAGAUCCAGACACUGAAUCCGUGACCGCUCUCAGAAGUAUCAAAUCGGGAUUUUCUCCUGCUGAAGAUCCUAGUGAGGCAUGCGAGGACAAAGUCAAUCCAGCAUCGGAUGAUCUGGCACGCCAGCGACGGCGUCGGUCCGAUCACAGCUGCGCGAAGCCGCGGCGCGCCAGAACCGCGUUCACGUACGAACAGCUGGUGGCUCUUGAGAACAAGUUCCGCGUAACGCGUUAUUUAUCCGUGUGUGAAAGACUCAACCUCGCACUGUCUUUGAGCCUGACCGAAACACAAGUCAAGAUUUGGUUCCAGAACCGAAGAACCAAGUGGAAAAAGCAGAACCCGGGUGCUGAGGGUUCACUGCAACCCGGGACAAACUCUCUGCCCAGCAUCAGCCCAACCUGUGGAUCCACAUCUGCUCUCCACCCUCCAUUCAGCACCGGGAACGUUUUCUUUCAUUCAGCUGUGCCACUGACGUCCUCCGGUGCCCUCUUGCAUCCGUUUUUGCCCGAUAGCUUUUUGCAGCCAGCAUUUUUCCCUCCACAUUUAUGAAGUCUGGAAUUAAGUAACGAUGCUGUAAAUUUGCAUUUCUAAAGUGAACUGUAUACGCAUUUUA